UAGUCUUUUAUAUCGAUUAGGUUCCAGAUUUAGCGACUGCAGAAAAUAAAUAAAAACUAAAACCUCGAUUUUGCUGAUAAAACCACGAAUUAAAAUUCCAAACAUGGCCGAUGUAGACGACGGGUCCGAGCUGCUGUUCUUCGACACCUUUUCGCACGAGGAAGUGACGGACAUAAACUUGGACUUGGUGCAGUUCCCCAAGCCGGUGUUCAUCACACAGGUGCGGAUCAUCCCACUGGGCGCCCGUGUGCAGGCGGACUUUCCCGGCGGCGUGCGCCUGGGUGCCACCAAUCCCUCCAAGUUCGACCUGGAGUUCUUUGUCAACGAUCUGGGAAUGCCGGCUGCGUCGGCUUUCGAGAAUCUUGGCCUGCUGCGGUACAACCAGAACGACUGCAUCCACCUGGAUUGCUCGCAGGAGAAGAUCGUCACGGACGGACUGGUGCUGCGCGGCUGGUACAGCACCAUCACAUUGGCCAUCUACGGGAUCUUUACCAACUCGGUGACAGAGCCCAUAGCCAGUCCCACGUUGCCCUGCGAGCCUGUGGGCCCGGAGAUAAGCAAUCUGAGUGGCGAAGUGCUUCUCCAGGAGGACGUGCUCAAGGACGAGUGGCAGGAGCCGAUGCAGGCCGAGAUGCUGGCCGCCCACAAGGGCAAUGUAAGCGACUAUGACCCGGAGGAUAUGGAGUACGGCCUUUCCCGGGAUCAUUAUCAUCAGCACGCCGAGGAGCAGGAGCAACGGGAGAUGCGGCGUCUGCGCCGCUCCACGCACUCCACGGAUCACUCGCCGCCACCACCGAGAAGAUCGCAUACGCACUCGGAGAGCAACGACAGAGAGUACAUCAGAUGUUCCCGCGAUAAGGGCUCCAGAGACUGGUCACGUUCGCCGGAGUACUCUAGCCAUCGGUCGCGUCGCAAGCGCUCGGAGAGAUCCCGCUCAGAUGUGGACGAGCACAAGUGGCCCAGAACCCCGCCCGCAUCGAUUGACUCUCCGACGCGGCCGCGUUCGCCUGACACCAUGGACUACGACGACGACGACUCGCGCUCCCACUACAAGAUGCAGUCCUCGCAUUACAGGCAUUCCUCGGAGUCGCUGCACCGUGGUGAUCGAGAUCGGGACGAUGAGGACCGAUCCUGCACGCCGCAAGAGCAGUUCGAACCCAUUUUGAGUGACGACGAGAUCAUAGGAGACGACGAGGAAGACGAUGCAGUUGAUGCGGCUGCCAUUGCGGAGUACGAGCGGGAAUUGGAGGCUGCCGCAGCCGCUGCUCCUCCCGCCAUCGAUGCUUUCGAGCCCUGGCAGAAACCACUGCUGGUCUACGAAGGGGACAUGGCCGCCCACUUUAGCAAGGAGCUGGAAACCUUAAAGCUGCUGUUUAAGAAGCUCGUCCUGCAAACCCGCUGUGAAAAUGUGGCUGCCUUCAGCGAGGAGCACGGCGCUAGUGUGGACGAAAGGGAGCAGUUUGUGUACUUAGGAGAGCAACUGAACAACCAGUUGGGCUACUUGGCCCAGCACUUCAAAAGAAGGAAUUUUGUGCUGCAGCAGUUCUUCGGAAACGAUGAGGUUCAUCUGCGUCAGGCGGCAAACGUGCUGCAAAUCGCCCUCAGUUUCCAGGCGGCCUGCAUGCAGCCACAGCCCGCGUUUAAGAUUCGGCACAUCAAGUUGGGUGCCCGUAUGGCCGAGCUGCUGGGCAGCAGCGAGGAUCUCUUCCAGCAUUUGUUAAAGGAGCACAAGUUUGAUAUCUUUGAGGCGGUAUUCCGACUUUAUCACGAACCCUACAUGGCGCUGUCCAUUAAACUGCAGCUCCUCAAAGCCGUAUACGCUUUGCUAGACACCAGGAUGGGUAUCGAUCACUUUAUGGCCUCAAAAGACAACGGCUACCAGAUGAUUAUAGAGUCUCUCAAGACUGCCAAGUUAACGAGGACCAAGUACGCACUGCAGGCAAUCAUUAAGAAACUGCAUUUGUGGGAAGGCCUAGAAAGUGUACAGAUCUGGUGCCGGCGACUCUUUGUGGAUAGAAUAAUCAUACCGGGUAACCGGGACCAAAUGGAAGACACAGUGAUAACUUGUCAGCAAAUAGAGUUCGCCUUUGAGAUGCUAAUGGAUGCACUGUUUUCCAGCCAGUUGAGCUACUUGCAGCCGCGCCGCUUUCUCCCCGUGUCCAAGAAGUUCGAGGUGGUCACCGAUCCCACGGCGCAACGCAGCUUUGCAAAUGCCCUGCAGUCAUAUUUGGGACAGAAUUCUCUGGCGGAAUCAUUGCUGGUCAUGUUGGGGAACUGCAAGGAGCUGCCGGCCACCACAUAUCUAAGCAUGCUUGAUUUGAUGCACACCCUGCUCCGUUCCCAUGUGGGCAUUGAUUACUUUGUGGAUGAUGCUUUUUCUGUUACCCAGACGAUUGUGGCCAUAUUGCUGGGCUUGGAUGAGGUUCCCAGGAAUCCAGAGGAAGAGGAGACUAAGCCGGAAAAGUCGGAGCCUGAGAACAAGCUAAUGGAAGUCACAAACGAAGGAGGGGAGGCAGGAGUCGACAAGCCAAGUGUACCAACAGCCGAUGAGGAAGUGAAGCCUGCUCCUACCUCGGUUCCUGCUUCUGCUCCAGCUACGGUUCCAGCUCCUCAAAUGCGACCCAGGCCGAUUCUUCGCCCAGUGCUGCCACGUCUGGCCAGAUUGGGCAUCGAAAUGUCGUACAAGGUCCAGACACGUUACCACUUAGAUGCCAUUGUGUACGCAGCUGCGGCUCCUGAUUACGAUGCCGUCAAGUUGGCUACUCAUAUGCAUGCCAUCUACUCGCAAACCUGCGAUCCCGCUGGACGACAGCACACCGUCGAGGUGCUAGGCCUGAAUAAUAAUCUGAAGAUAUUUAUGGAUCUAAUCAAAAAGGAGCAGCGCCUGCAGACGCAACGACAGCUUAGUUCGCCGGGCACCAAGUAUAAGAGCCCGGUGUUGAGCUAUGCGGUGGACAUGGUGGACGCUUGCGUCCGGUAUUGCGAGCAGUUGGACUACCUUAUCGAGCAUGGCGGUGUUAUCCUGGAGCUGGCCAAGAACCACGAGACCUUCGAGCCAUCGGUGUCGGCAGUGUUGCAGGAGAUGUACGUGUAUAUGAAACCCCUGGAGGCUAUAAACGUAUUCGUUUAUGAUGACAUUAUGCCGCUGGUGGAGGUGAUAGGCCGCUCUUUGGACUACCUUACCACUUUCCCCGGAGAUUUGAUUAUGGCCUUGCGGAUUUUGCGAUAUCUCGCAAUCAGCAAACCUGUUGCAGGUCAAAAGGCUCCUCCUGUGACCGAGGAACUGAAACAUCGGUUUGUGGCCCUGCAGCUAUAUGCAGCGGACGGAGUUCAGCUCUGCAUCCAGAUUAUGGAGCGCUUGUGUGCCUACUUCGAGCAGCCCGGUGCGCAUGCUCCCGCCUUAAUGACCAUCCAGGGAGUACAUUGCUGCCAGAUCAUGCUCCCCACCUUGCAGAUCCUUCGAGAGCUGCUGUCCUACGCGAUCCUAUGCAGAGAUGGCACCUACAAGGAUCUCACCGCCAUCGAUCACCUGGUGAAGGUGUACUACUUGCUCUACUACUAUCCCACGCGCUGCCAGGCGGGUCCCGAGGUGGAGCAGUGCAAGAUGGAAGUGGUGCAGACGCUUCUCGCUUAUACCCAGCCGAAUGAACAAGACGAGGAGUCGCUGCACAAGUCGCUUUGGACGCUGAUGAUCAGGGAGGUGCUGAAAAACGUCGAUGGCCCCGCGCACUUUAUUCCAGGACUUAAACUCCUCGCAGAGCUGCUUCCUCUCCCACUGCCAAUGCCGCAGCCGCUUUGUGACCAACUGCAGCAGCAGCACAAGCAGCGUCUGAUCACCGAGCGGAAAUUGUGGUCAGCCCACUUACAUCCCCAAAGCGGACAGAUUGCCAAGCUGGUCGAGGCACUAGCUCCGUCCAGUUUCCCGCAGCUUUCGGAACUGCUGCAGCGAGUUUGCAUGCAGCUGUCGGAUCUGGCGCCCAACAUGACGCUGCUGAUCGCCAAGACGAUCAUGGAGCUGCUGUGCAAUGAAUACCAGACAUCCAACUGCAUUCCGACCACCAAUCUGGAACGGCUGCUCCGUUUUUCCACGCGCUUGUGCGCUUUUGCUCCUUUAAAGAGUUCCAUGCUGUCCAUACUUUCGGGCAAGUUCUGGGAUCUAUUCCAGUCGCUACUGGCCCUCAAUGAAUUCAACGACGUGGUUUCCAAUUGCCAGGAGGCGGUUCAUCGUAUUCUAGAUAGUUUCCUUGACUCUGGUAUAUCGCUGAUCUCGCACAAGUCUACAGCGUCGCCAGCUCUUAAUCUUUCUGCGGCCCUCCCACCCAAGGAACUCAUUCCGCGAAUAAUCGAUGCUGUCUUUAGCAACUUAACCAGUGUGGAGGUCACCCAUGGCAUAUCAAUUCUGGCGGUGCGCAACCUAGUCAUCCUCACAGAGCACGACUUCACCUUUUACCAUCUGGCGCAGUUGCUAAAGCAAAAGAUCACCGAAUUCCAGGCAUGGAUGGAGCGUGUAAUCCUUCACAACGAAACUGUGGAGUACAACGCCAACAUCGAAUCUCUAAUCCUGCUGCUGCGAUCUCUGACUCAAAUCGAACCGCCGCCCACAAUGUCGGCCAUGCCGCAUCGCACAUUGAAACUGGGCGCCACGGAGCUGGCCCAACUGGUGGAGUUCCAGGACAUUGAACUGGCCAAGCCACCGGUGCUAAGUCGCAUUCUCACCGUCAUGGAGAAGCACAAGGCGGUGGCCAACGAGGCGGCGCUGAGCGACCUCAAGCAACUGAUACUGCUGCAGGCCUCCAAGCAGGAGAUUCUCGCCGGAACCAGCACUGAGACGCCACCUGAGGGUGAGGGAGAAGCCAAUACAUCGGCCACUAGCUGUAGUGGAUCUCUGACUGUGGAACCCUACUUGCCUCAGGCCGAGGGCAUUGUCACACAGUACGAGGCGCGUCCGAUCUUCACGAGAUUUUGUGCCACUGCCGAAAACGCUCAGCUCACGGCUCGCUAUUGGCUGGAUCCGCUGCCCAUCGAAUUGAUCGAGGACAUGAACGAGCCAAUCUACGAGCGCAUUGCCUGCGAUCUCACGGACUUGGCCAACGUGUGCCUCAAUCCGGAUUUGAAUGUGGCUGGUGAUAGCAAGAGGGUAAUAAACUUAUCCGGCUCACCGCAAUCCAAUCGCGAAAUGACACCGACAGCGCCUUGUUUCCGCACUCGUCGGGUAGAAGUGGAACCGGCCACUGGUCGUCCGGAAAAGAAGAUGUUCGUUUCGUCGGUUAGAGGACGUGGUUUUGCUCGUCCGCCACCUUCUAGGGGCGAUCUGUUCCGCUCUCGUCCGCCGAACACCUCAAGACCGCCAUCCCUGCACGUUGAUGACUUCCUGGCGCUGGAAACUUGUGGCGCCCAGCCCACAGGACCCACGGGCUACAACAAGAUACCCUCCAUGCUAAGGGGCUCCAGAGUGGGACGCAAUCGUGGAUCCCGCAUCUCGGCAGCGGCUGCCUUCAGACAAAAGAAGCUGAUGCGCAUUGGAUCACCCUCCAGCUGGGCAGACUCCUCCGGAUCCUAUCGUUCGGGCUCGGACUCGCAUUUCAAUAGCAGUGACUCCCACUAUUCGUCGCCCCACUACAGCGGAAGGCCACGUGGGCGUGGCCUGCGCUCCAGACCAUCCUACCUGAGAUAGGAGGAAGUUCAAAUCCACUCCAGCCAGGUGGUCGCUAGUUAAGCGUAUUACUUCCAUUACUUAACAAUUGCUGAUUCUAUAUUGAUCGCUGUAUUUUCCCCAAUUUGUAUUUAAGCUUAACGUUAAUUUUCUGUAAUUACACUGUGCAUACGGA